AUGGGGUAUGUCUUGCAACCGGAUAUAGUAGAUUUCGAUGGAAGUCUCAGUGAAAUAGCGGUAACAGCUUGACAGCAAGGAAUAACUGAUGGCUGCUAUGGAAAAAAAGAUGGCGCCGCCACUAGAGGGCGUGGAUCAGGGCUGGGCCUGGGUAGUACUAGCCGCUUGCUUCCUGUCAAAUAUCAUGAACGCCUACUUUACAUACGCAGCUGGCGUUCUCAAUGUCGCCCUUCUCACGAGAUUCAAGGAGAACGUGGCCUUCACUGCCCUGGUUGGGUCUGUGUUCGCAAGUCUUUUAAGUCUCACUGGACCGAUAUCAAGUUUCCUAGUAAACACAACCAACUGCCGAAUUACGCAUCUAAUAGGUUCAGUGUUGAUCUUCAUCGGAUUCUCAGCGAGUUACUUUGUCAAUAGCCUCGACGUCCUGUUGGUCACCUACGGUAUCUGUGCAGGCUGUGGAACCGGUUUAGUAGCAGCGUCCAUUUUGAUUAAGUUGGGUUACUCGUUUGACCGUUACCAGGGUAUCGCGGUCGGAGUAGCAGUGGCAGGAAGUGGGAUGGGGAUGUUCCUCAGCGGACCAUUGACUCAAUUCCUGCUCGACACAUACGGACUCAACGGCGCCUUCCUAUUCUUAGGAGGACUCAGUAGUCAAGGUUUUGUUUUUGCGAUGGUUAUGCGGCCCUGUGGUAGAGAACUGUUAGAAAAGGCGAAACGAAAAGAGGCUAACACUGGUGGAUUUUUUAGUUCAUUUGAUUUCAGUAUUAUCAGAAACAAGACGUUUAUGAUAGUACUUUUCUCUAAUGUACUGUGGAAUGUUUCCUAUGCUAUACUUUUAAUACAUCUGACUAACUUCGCAGUCACAGAGGGAUCAACUCCUGCAGAGGGGGCGUGGCUAAUCACAAUGAUUGGAGUGGGCAGUAUAUUUAACAGAAUCCUUACCGGACUAUCUCUCGGGAAAAAAAACGGUCUGGAUCCGUUAUUGUUGCAGUUCGGAUUCCUAGGUUUAUCGGGACUUAUCACCAUAAUAUUUCCAUUGUUUUCAGAGACUUAUAAAGGGCAGUGUGUUUUCGCUGUUAUAUUUGGUUUUUAUAGCGGAGGUAUGAUCACGCUAAUUACGCCGCUUGUGGUCCAUCUGGCAGGUGUAUCACAGGUGGCUGCUGGAGUCGGCGGGAUGUACUUAUCGUCAGGAAUAGGAGGGAUUCUAGGUCCCCCACUGGCUGGAGCCAUAUAUGAUGCAUGGGGGACGUAUGAGUAUACGUUUUAUCUCUCUGGUGCUUUGUUUUUAGUCGGUGCUUUCUUUAUAUUGAUAUCAUCAAUAUGGCGGGAUGAACUUGAACCGGAAGUGGAACACCUUGAUAUUAAAGAAAGUAACAUUCUUGGUGGAUCCGCCAUGUUCCUGACAGGUUCAAUGAGCCACCUAGCGGAAGGAUCCUCACCAAGUAGUGCACGACGAGCCAUGAAACUUUCCAAACAUUCCCUCCUUAUAGACGAUGUUCUACGGGCGUCACAUUCAUCUGUACACAGGAGCCACUUAAAUAAAGAAGAGGUUGACGAAGGGGAACACCAACCACUGAACCAACUUACUGUUCCGGAUCAAUAAUUCAGAUCUAUAUUUUUUAAGCAUUCUUUGCAAGAUCAGACUUCUAAUGUCAGCUCAAUAUACUCAUGCAACACGAUUGUUUUCUCUACGAAAAAUGAAUAAUUGAAAAAUUUUUUUGAUGAUUUCUAUCAACUAUUUAUUUUUCACAAUCUUGUUGCGUCAGUUCAAGAUUUGAAAACGUCCUUUUCAUGGAUCUAACCCCCCCACCCCCCAAUCAAACUUAGUGCCACUGGAUAUCACCAUUUAUUCGUUGUAUGCAUUUAGUUACCUGUACAUCACCAUCAAAUCAAUUACGUCCUCAUUUUCGGUAUCAAUGCCUACAGGUCAAUGAGGUAUUGAUGCUUUGAAGUGAUGGCAUAUUCUUUCAUAAGACUGUGUAAGCCAUGUCACAUGUUUAAAAUCUUUAUUCAUUCCA